CGCUUAUCUGUGACCAGUACUGUAUGAGUCUGGAAGGUAAAUGGCGUCACACAGACUGAGGCACGUCGGCAAUUGGUGUUUUCAUGUUCAUUUGAGCUUCGCCUUGAUCUCUUUGAUGUGCUCCUCCAUCCUUGCCUCCAUCUCCGUCAAUCGCUUCUCGAUCUGUGAAUGCCGGGCGUCGUGUUGUCUCUCCAUCGAUUCCAAUGCUGCAUCAAUACAAACAAGAGAAAAGGGAGAAGUCAAUAUAGAUUGCUUUGUCGCCUUCGGCAUGAAACGCCUUAUGCCUGCCUAUAGGCCCUGUCUCACCUGCCAUGACGUCAGGGAAGUUAGAAUUGUGAUGAUCCGCGGCCUCAAUCCACUUGUCGAUGCGGUCCUUGAAUUUGAUCCCUGCUUCGCGCAUGUCAUCAGCCAUCUCCGGACUGUCAGUGUCAGUUUCCGUGGCGUCAGAAGAAAACAGCCCCUGCCGAGCGAACAUUCCAUAGAAACGAGACGAGGUCAUUGAUUCUCUCAUUUGACGUGUCUUUUGACCCUCACUCGCUGGGCGUAUUGGCACAGAAGAAGAACGGGCAUUAGGAGGAUGGCAAGGGGUACGCACAGUACCAGCCCAAAGUCUCUCUCCCGUAUCACUUGUGGAAGACGCUCAGUCAGCAGUCUGUAGAUGGUCACGGGUGUGAAGGCCACGACAAGCAGGAGUCCGUCGACGGUGAGGGCCUUCAUCGACCAGAAGGCAAUGCGGCAGAGUGCCGACUGCUCCCGCCGUUGUUCGCUGAUGAGGUUGGCGAGAUAUCGCAGGGGCUCCGACACGACCACAGCUGCACACACACAGGCAGAUGCCCUCAUGUCUCUUGUGGCACACAACUGACCGAUGAGGUUGAAUGGCGGCGGCAGCCUCUCGUGCCGCGGCAUUGUGAGAUACUUAUUCAACACGCGAAUCCGCAGCAGCCUGAGUAGAUGAGCGGAGAGAGGGCCAUUAUGUGCCGCUGUCUGUCUGUCUGUCUCCCUUGUCUCUGAUACUGAUAUUGUGCAGCCUGUGUCUCCUCGAUGGCCGCAUACGUCGACGCCUGAUGCACACAGGAGCGUUGAUCAGCCACAUGGCCCACUCGACGUCUCUUGUGUGUCUCGUGUUUGUCUCACCAUGAUGGCGAUGAGCAGGUUGAGCUAUCGAUGGAUGCCGGCAGACACAGAGACAGACAGACAAAGGGAGUCUUGUGUGCGUCUUGCUGAGUGUCUGAGUGGUGCCGCCGUACGAGUAUGAUGGAGGAGAGGAUGACGUAUGUGAACAGCAGGACGGCCCCCAGCGUGUCGUGGCUCUCGAUGGCGUUGGAAAGAGCCUCGUUGAAGUCGCCCUGUCCGGCAAAGAAACUGCACAACACAACAAGACGAAGAGGGGCCGGUGUCCCCUUCCUCUGUGUGUCUUCUCAGGAGGUCCCAUGCGCACAGAGUGAGUGUGGCUUUGGGGAAGGAGCCGAAGUACUGGUGGUCUUCGUCGGACGAGAGGACGGUGAAGACGCCCGCGAAGACCAGCAGGAUGUAGACGUACAGACACAGAAAGAUGCUGAUGUCCGAAAACAUCCUCACUACCGCACUGACACACACACAGCAUGAGACAUCUCUCUCUGUGUGUCCGUGUGGUUCUCUCUCUCACUGACAGUAUGAGUGGUCCGACGGUUGGCUGCAGGCUGGCCGUUUGGAGGAGGCGCAGCGCAAAGAGCAGCGCUAUGACGAUCCCUGAGCUCACUUCCGCCUCCGACGAGUAGCCUAGGAAGUGAAUGGCAAUAAAGGCGGCGAUCGCCAGGCUUGAAGACAUGUCGAUAAUAUUCCUGCAGUGAUGUAUGCCAUAAAGAUGAGGCCGCCAGCACGGCUGCCUCUGCAUUUCAGACUCCUACCAUGAGUCGGCCCAGUACGCUGCCUUCAGCCGGAUGCCCUGCACACACACAGAGGGGAUGUCAGCGUUUCUCAGUCAUAUCUCCGCGAUACUGUAUGUCUCACUUGGAAGGCCUCCUGAAUCACGAAGCCACUGCCGGUCAGCACCGCCCCCCACAGCCACACCGACUGGCCCAUCACGGCACUCUCAAUCAUGCUGUCUCCUCUGAUAGACUCGAUGUGCAGCAGCACAAACGCCACCCUGCAACACACAGAGAGGGGAGGUGCCAUGCGCUCUCUCUGCCUCCAUUGGAGUCCAUAGCUGCAGCCUCACAUCAGCAGCAUUGACAGCACGCGGGUAAUACACCACGGGGUGCAAACUGAAGCGCCCCUGCUUCAUAUGGUGGUGGCUGCCAAUGCUUUGUGACGAGAGAGAUGCAGUUGGCUGUCACAAUCAUUGGCAGCAGGACGACGCCAUGAGCGGCCGACAGCCAAAAAGGGGGGAAGUUCUGCUGUGGGUUACCUUGAGUCACGACGGUCAGGGGCUCCGCAGAUUCCAGCAGCGCAAACCACUCUCUCUCUUUGCCCUUAAGUGAGUUUCGGAACAAGGCUUCGUCUGUAUCGCUGCAGAAGUUAGCCGUGAGCGCCUGAAGCGAUUGGAUAAUCACACGCAAAAGUAGAGGACGCCGUGUGUGUGUGGAACAUUUACUUCGGUCCAGCCUGCUGCCCUCUCAAAGUCACUGCACAGAAAACAAAAGGGGGAAAAAGGCGCAGACUCGCAUUGUGCUCCGAUUCUCUGUCCAUCUCACUCUGUGAGGGAGUCAUUCCGCCGAGUCUUGAUCAAUCGGCGGAAGGUAGAGCACCACCUGAGACUGUCGACGCCCGGCGAAUCACAUCGUCGCACGUACUGUCCUAAGCCGUAUUUCGCGUAGGGAACCGCUUUGGGAAGGAGCUCUGGAUCCUUCAGCACGUGGCUGAGUUCCUCCUCAUCUUCCCCGAGCAGCUCCAUGGUCAACUCUCCAGCUGCGGCAAGCAUCGCACCGACGACUUCCUUUCGGUAAAGGGCACGGUCGAGAGGCGUCUUUCCGUCCUGUAACAGUCAUGAAGAUGGACGACACGCAACUUGAUAUGUGCAGCACAUCUUACUUCGUCUUUGAUAUUCAACAGCUGUGGGUCCACCCUCACCAUCGCCUCCACCACAUCAACUUCGCCAUAGUCUGCAGGAGAGCACAAAGAGACACGUUGAAGACUCAUGCACUCGUGUGGCUGUCAUUUGCAGGAGUCACUGACUUGCUGCAUCAUGAAGAGGCGUCCGGCCAAGCUACAGACACAGCAUGAAGAAGACACAUGCUGUUCAAUGCACCGGUUGACAUUCCCUCGUCCUUACGGGGUCCCGAGCUUCCAGCAGCUCCUUGCCGCCCCACUCGAUAAACUUCUCCACAACACCAACUGACCCUGCGAGUGCUGCAAAAUGGAGAGGCGUCUCACCACGAUACAGACACAGCAUGGAGGCAGCAGUGAAGACAGCUGUCGGUAAUGAACAGAAUGAGUGUAAUUGUCGAGAACGAUACCUUGUUUUUCAGGUUGAGCAGGUGGCGUCGGUUGUGCAGCAGCACCUCAAACACCGCCAGAUCUGAACACCACCCUGAGAAGCACAAACAGGGGCCACACAGAUGCAUCAUGUGUGUGUGCAGUGGUGCGACGAGGCGUACGUGCGGCGUGAUGGAUGGCAGAGCCCCCAUAUUCCCACUUUCCAGUUGUCAGCGCUUUCUCGGCUUGCUCAGGCGACAGACCGGCGAGGGCCCUCCGCAGGCCCUCCGCGUCUGAAUGAUCGAUGGCCCACGAGAUGCUGUCUUUCAGUGCGUCCGUCGGUUCCCAAUCGUCGGCGGCCGGGGCACCCACCAAGGGAACCUGCAGAUGACACACAGACGUCCGAGAGGCCUCAGAGUCGACUGACACCAACACACCUGCUCGAAGCGUCUCGGUGCCUUGGUGAUGUCAUCGGUGACGUCAGGCAGCUGGGGCUCCAUCAGCCCUUGGCCAUCGUCCAGCAGCAGAGGAAUGUGCUCACUCGAGGCCGACGCCAUCUGCAGUGGACAGACAGACGCACACAGACACCACUCGUCAGAGGCCGCCGCUGGCCAUUGUGCAACAAGGGCAUUGCAGGGUGACCUUGGGAUGGUCUGUCUGUGUGUGGUGCACGGCCUGCUGUGCGGCAGCAUCGCCCUCGUCGACUCUCGGCAGCUGGAUGUAGCACGCCUCAUCAACACCACUGGGGCGGCUGUGGCCGUCUCUCACACCGUCGCCCUCCCGGCCCUGCAGACGGGGGCUGCGCUGCGUGUGCAGCAAACCCCACAUCUUCG